CGCUGAUCAUGUGCAUGGCCACUCACGCUUUCAAAAUUGAACCAGUAUCUGCGCUGUGAUACAAUAAGAAUCAUUCCUCCAACAUGGAAGGAUCCAUCAUCGACUUUGAUCCUGACGGAGACCUUAUUUUGACUCUGCGCAAUCCUGAUGCUCCAUUCGCUGUCUGGCCAGAAGACGGAGACUGCCACCUCGAUCUUCAGCAAAGUUUUGCUCCAUAUUACGGUACACUUGGUGAUCGUAACUCUUCACUGACUACUUUCCUAUCUUUUCGAUGACUUCA